AUGAAAGUAACUUCGAAACGAGUACAUAUACAGAAAUCAAAAUAUCGUCUUCCACUGUCUGCUGUUUCUCAUCCCAACGCUUUAUUAUCAAGAAGCUCUGUUGGCUCUCAUCAUCGUUCAAAAACAGUUAAUAAUCAAAUAAUGAAUUCAUCAUCGGCAGCCAGCUCCAGUAAAGCGUUUGGUGUUGCUGGUGCUUGUAGUUUAGCGUUAGGAACUUUAUUGUUCGGUAGCUAUUGGCUAGGUAAUAAACGUGCAUCAAAUAAUUGUCAUUGUUUAUCUGAUCAACAACAACAAUUAAAAAAAAAAUUAAAACAAAAUUAUAAUGAUGUCAAUCAAUCUGUAUCACUAACAUCUACAACAUCGUCUGGUUAUCAUUCCAUAUCAAAUACAGCUAUCAAACAAGAUCAACAACAAUCAGUACAUUGUUCAUGUUGUCCAUUUAGCAAAAAUAAUUCCGAAAUAAAUGGAACAAAUGUUGAACAUUAUUGUGAUUCUUUAGCACAAGAAAUAUUAACAACUGCAUGUAAAACAACAAAUAAUGUUUAUCCACAUUUAGCACGUUAUUUAUUAUUUACAAGUAACAACAAUAAUAAUCAAAUUAAGAAAGUAUCAAUGAAAAAAUCUUUCUCCUGUUCACCGAUUAACCGUCUAAGACGUACACCGACAGCAUUAGUUAAACAUCCAACAAUAACAAAAAAUUGUCAGAUUUCAACUUCAUUAGAUUCAAAUCAUUCAUUUCAAUGUUAUAGAACUGAUUCAAAACUUUUUCAUGACGAUUAUAGUGAAACUGAAGAAGAGUUUAAUGAGGAUGAUAAUUAUGAUGAAAUGCGAGACAACGAAAAAUCUAAUUCAUAUUCGAAAAUGUUAUCUUGUUCUCAUCCAUGUAAUAAUUCGACCGUAACAGACAAAUAUCUUUCAUCAAUUAAUAAUGAUCAAUCUUUACCCUUGAAAACCAAAUUAUUUUUAACUGAUCCAUCGACAACAGCAACAAUGUUGUCAUCUGAUUCUACCGAUGAUUUAAUAUUAUCUUAUUUAAAGCAAACAUGUGAUCAACAAUGUCAAACGGAUGAUGUAUAUAUAAUUGAUAUUCGACCAAAAACUAAUGAUCAAGAAAUUCAAACCAUAUUUUCACCAUCACUUCAACAUAAAUUAACUAUUGUAUCAUCAACUUCUUUGACAACAUCAAAUGAAUAUCCUAAAAUUGAACACGAUGAAUUUGGUACAAAAAUUACAUAUGAUAAUAUAGUGGAUUCAAAACUCGAAAAUAAAAUGCCACGAAGUAGUAGUAUUGAAAGUGGUUUAAUUGAUUGUUCAGAUGAUGAUCAUUUUUGUUUAACUACUAUUAAUGAUGAUACUAAUAAUAAUAAUGAAGAAAAUGAAGAACUUGAAAAUAUUAUCGAUCAGACGAAUGAAAAUAUCGAUCAAGUAUUACCAAGUACACCUUCAUCACAAUUAAUUGAAAAUGAGAAGACGAACGAUACUCGAGAAGAUGAACAAAUUCUUAAUACACAAUUAAUUCCAACAUCAAAACGUUUAUGGAUAGAUAUUAUAGAUGAAACAACUAAUGACGAAAAAGAAAACCAAACGUUAUCAACAAAAUCUGAGAAUAAUGAUGCAAAUGUUACUGAAACAGUACAACAGCUCACAUUAACAAAUGGUUAUCAUAAUGAACCUGAUCAAACUCCUAGUGUUCAAUUACAAAAAACUCUAACAAAACCUCGUGUUACAACCACAAUUGAUCAUUUGCCACCACAACAAACUGAUAAUGGGAUUUCAUCUUCAUCCACUUCUUCACUUUCUCCAACAACAACCCCAGUCAAUGCAUCGAAAGGCAAACAACAGACCAAUAAAUCACGUUAUAACAAUUAUUGGUAUUCAUAUGAUUACGGGUGUACAAACGGAAAAGAGAAUAAUUAUUAUUCUAAAACCAACAACAGUAGUCAUCCAACGAAAAAAGAUCAGAUUAAAAUGAAUGGUACUACAGCCACAACACCCACAUCAUCGACGGUAACUAUCGCAUCUAAACAACUAGUCGAUAAUACCAAUAAUAGUAAUAAUAAUAAUAAAUCGAAUACAAAUACGGCAACAACAACUAAAACUUCGACGUGUAAAAAAACGAAGCAGAAACCACAAGUGAAUAUACAAAAUACAUCAACAUCGAAUGAACUAGAUAAAUCGAAAAUCUUAAGCAGUGAUGGACAAGAUGAAACUUAUUUCUUUGAUGAUCAGGUAUCAAUGACAAAAGAUCAAGAAAUUAUUAUAUAUGAAUUUCAUUUUCCUAUUCAUUUUUGUGGACGUCUUAUUGGUAAACAAGGUGUACACGUUGAUUAUAUUAGACAAACAACACAAGUGGAUCUUGUUGUUCGUGAUGAUCCUGUUUCAUGGGAAAAACAAAUUGUUGCAUUACAUGGACGUCGAGCUGACGUUGAAAAAGCUCUUAAUUCAAUUGCUGAACGUUUUCCUCCAAGUAUUUAUAAAGGCAUUGUUUUCAAACCAAUUCAUAAAAAAAUUGUAUUGAGACGACGAACACCAGAACGUUUUGUUGUAUCGCCAGCAUCUCAAUUAUAUUUAUCGGAUACAACAAUGACAGAUAUUAUUGUAACAAGUAUUGUCUCGUGUAAUCAUAUAUUUGUACAACAAUUACAACAUCCAUCUUAUACUGAACUUGUAAGAUUAGACAAUUCAAUGUCAUUAUUUUAUACUCAUACAGAAAUGACACCUUUAUUGCCGAGACCAAUUCAGCCUGGUGUAAUAUGUGCGGCACCAACACAAGUUGGUUGGUUUCGUGCACUAAUUACAGAUUAUAAUAGUGACGAUGAUAUGGCAAUGAUUAAAUUUCUUGAUUAUGGCGGUUAUUUGUACAUACAUGCAAAUACAUUGAGAGUAUUAAGGCAAGAUUUUAUGUUUAUUCCAUUUCAAGCCGCUGAAGUUUAUCUUGAUAGUGUUUUACCAGUUGAUGGUCAAGAUGAUUUUCUGCCUGAACAAAUUAAUGCCGUUAAAUCUUCUAUAUCAGGAAAUGUAUUAAAAGCACUGAUAACCGGUUAUCAUUAUGAUGGACUUGCCUUCAUUCAAUUAACUAGACCAGAUGAUUAUAGUGGACAAAUAGUCAAUAUUGAAAUUCAAAACAUUGUUAAUCAAUUAACACCAUCAUCACCAUUCUCUAUGCCUUCUUCUAAUACUAUGAAUAUUGCUUCAAAUACAAUAAAUGAUGUAACUACUACAGCAUAUUAA